AUGAGCUCACCUCUCAGAGUAAUCUCUGCUAGUAACCCAUCGUACGUGUGGUCUAGCAUUAGUGCUGCGCAAAAGUUGCUUCUAACGGGAAUCAGACAGAAGAUACAUUCAGGCUAUGAAGUCAAGGUAUGGGAAGAUCCAUGGAUUCCAACGAUCCCAGCAAGACCAGCUCUCCCUAUAGCGCCGGUAAUGCAUCCUAAUAUGAGAGUUAGUGAUUUCAUUGAUCCGGAAACGAAAGAGUGGGAUGUUGGUCUUUUGGAGAGUUAUGUCAAUCCAGAGGACAUACCACUUAUAAGGAGUUUGGCCACAAGUUCAGCACAUCGUCGUGAUACAUUCUGUUGGAAUUACACAAGGAAUGGCCAAUACACGGUUAAAUCUGGAUAUUGGGUGGCUCAGAAUGUGUUAAUGACAGAGGGGGAAAAGGAAGUCCUAGAACCGAGUAUCACAAAGCUUCAAGCCUUUGCUUGGAAGAUAAAAGCACCUUCGAAGAUAUGUCAUCUUAUAUGGCAGCUAUUAACUGGUUAUGUGGCAGUAACGAGGAAUUUAGCAAGACGUAGUAUGAGAUGUGAUAACUACUGCCCAAGAUGUGGAGAGCUAGAAGAAUCUGUAACACAUGCUAUUUUCGAGUGUCCGCCAGCUCUACAAGUCUGGUCCUUAUCAUCAACUCCGUCUAGCCCAGGUCUAUUUCCAGUACCAAGUAUUUACGCAAAUAUGGAUUACCUAUUUUGGAGAAAAAACAGCAUUAUCGAGCCGGAGCAGGACAGGGAUCCUUAUCCCUGGAUAAUUUGGUACAUUUGGAAGGCUAGGAACGAUAAACUUUUCAGGGAAAUAGACAGAGAUCCUUUGGAGCUGGUUCGACAUGCAGAGAGUGAAUGUCAAGCCUGGUUUAAUGCGAAUGAAGUGGCACGAACCGUGGUACAAGAAGGCCUUCCUGAGGAGCCCCAAGUCAUAAGCUUGGGUAAUAUUUGCUUGAUAGAUGGAUCUUGGACAGCCUCUGCUCAGUAUAGUGGAUGUGGAUGGGUCUGGUUCGACAGUGGAGGAAACAUUCAAUUGUUGGGGACAAGAAAUUUCGAUCGACGGGAAUCAGCUCUGCAUUCAGAAGUUGAAGCACUGCGGUGGGCAAUGGAGAACAUGCUUCAACACUCAACUUGCCAGAAUUUUGGGACAAAUUGCAAGGAGCUGAUAGCAAUGAUAAAGGAUCCUCAUGCCUGGCCUAGCUUUGCGACAGAAUUGGAAAGGAUAGAGACGCUGCUGAUUUGCUUUCCGGACUUCGACAUCAUUCAUGUUCCACGAGCGCGCAAUCAUCCACCUCAAGUUUGA